AUGAAAGCAUUCAAGAUAUCUAAUACGACAGAAUUAUGGCAGAAAGAAACAAGCCUCCCUGCCGUUGCGUCUUUCAGCCAAAGCUUGGACAAUAUCUUAGGAACUAAUGGGUUUCAGCUUGGCUGUAUUACAGAGCUGCUAGGCUUACCAGGAUCUGGUAAAACACAACUGUGCCUGCAACUGUGUGCAUCAGUACAAAUACCAAAGCAGCUUGGUGGAUUGAAUGCAGAAGCACUGUACAUAGACACAAAUACUAACUUUACAAUAACUAGGUUUAGAGAAAUCCUAAGUGCAAGUCUGCUAAGAUGUCAGACCAUACUGGGUGAGCCAUUACAAAUGACUGAAGAUGAAGCUUUGAGUAAACUGCACUAUGUCAAUGCAUUUGGUCUUGAAAAGUUCUGCGCAUUCAUGUAUAGACUGCCUAAGUUUAUAGAAGCACAUCCUAAUGUAAAAUUGAUUGCAAUAGAUUCAAUAGCGUACCCUUUCAAAGAUGGCAUAUCAACAAAACAAAGAACUGGACUGUUGUUCAGACAGAUGGCAGAACUACAAAGGAUUGCAGUACAACAUCAAAUAGCUGUAGUGUUAUCAAACGAGAUGAGCACCAGAGUGGGUUUAUCAGGCGGUGCUGUGGUUGGUUCACUGGGAGAUGCGUGGGCGCAUCGCUGCAACGUCCGUCUCCUGCUUAGCACCCCACAAGUAACACAGGACUCCACUGAAAGACUCGCCUUAUUGCUCAAGAGUAAUGUUGCGCCGAGCACUGUCGCUAGAUUUAAGAUCACCGAAGAAGGAAUAAGGGACGCUGAAUGA